ACAAAAGUUUAGAUGAAGGGGGAUUUGCCAGGGCUAGUUUCUGGCUUAUUUAUUGUUCAUUAUUAUGGUAUCUCCCAAAAGACCCUGAUAGAAAUUAUAUAAUGGUGAUGGACUACAUGGAAGGUGGUAAUCUGCGACAAUUUUUGCAGGAAAGUAAAGGACUAAGUGGUUAUCGAGAAGUAAUCGAAGAUAUUAAAUUCCACUUAGAGAAAAAGAAAGAAAGUUCUAAGCAAUCCGUCCAAGAACUUACGCAAAAGAAUCAGGGUAAAACCGGGAUUAGAACGGGAGUACCUUUGCUGGCAGAAGGAGAAUUGUCUCUUAAAUUGGAAGCCAAAGUCUCUCAUGGGAGGAGCCAUACUCAAUCCAAGACUGAAACUAUAGAAGGAAUGUUAGAAGUAAAUUGCCCCGCUAACUCCAUGGUAGUAGCCAAAGCAAUUUUGCAAGAACAUAAUUUAGAGAUUCCGAUUACUACAACAAUUUCUUGCUAUUUGACUGAUAAAAGCGGUAAUGAGAGGAAGUACACUUACAAAAUAGAUGGAACUUUUAAAGGAAAAUAUACCAAAGCAUUUGUUAAUUAUGAGAAGGCAGUUUCUUUGGAGCAGCAAGGUCAAGUUGUUCAACCAACCACCUUUCCUUUUAAUCCAGAUAAAUAA